GGCCCAGAGCUCACACACAGCCGGGCAUGAGUAUGGCGCAGCCGCAGGGUAAGAAGAGGAGAUAUGAGGGGUGUGCACAGGACAGCGAGUACUUCCAGUGUUACUCAGAUGUGACUGUGCACGAGGAAAUGAUCUCAGACAGUGUGCGCACAAAUGCAUAUAAAUUAGCCAUACUGCGCAGUCACGCUGCAUUGCGUGGUAAAAGCGUGCUGGACGUGGGCGCUGGCACUGGCAUCCUCAGUAUAUUCUGCGCACAGGCUGGUGCCAGUAAAGUUUACGCUGUGGAAGCCAGCGGUGUAGCCCAGCUUGCCUCUGAAGUGGUGAAGUCGAACAAUAUGGAGGGCAGAAUCAAUGUGAUUAACGGCUCCGUAGAGAACGCUGAGGUGCCUGAGCAGGUGGACGCCAUCGUGAGCGAAUGGAUGGGCUACGCGCUCAUGUACGAGUCCAUGCUGUGUUCAGUCAUCUAUGCCAGAGACAAAUGGCUGAAACCUGGAGGUCUGAUGUUUCCUGCCUUUGCUGAACUCUUUAUCGCCCCAAUUAAUGACCCUAUAACCGAAAGCCGUCUGGAAUUUUGGGGAAAUGUGAAGGUGCAGUACGGUGUGGAUAUGAGCUGUAUGCGCAGUUUUGCACGUUCCUGCAUCAUGAGCAAAGAGAUGGCCGUAAACUCUGUGUCGCCUGAAGACGUCCUCUCGUUACCUGUCAGAUUUGCGUCGCUAGAUCUUGCCACCAUUACUGCCACAGAAAUCGCUAACAUCCACGGCUCAUUCCAAUUCAACUGCUUUGGUUCAUCAUUGUUCCACGGAUUCGCCAUCUGGUUUUCCGUUAUAUUUCCAGGGGAAAAACCCAUUAUUUUAUCCACCUCUCCGUAUACGGAGGAGACGCACUGGAAACAGACUUUGCUGUACCUGAACGAGGAAGUGCAGGUAGAACAAGACACCACAAUCACUGGGGAUAUCACAAUGACGCCGUCAGAUGCUAACCCGCGACAUCUACGCGUUCUCAUGAACUAUUCAGUUCAGGGAGGUGUGCGCCAGUCUAAGCUUUUCCAGAUGGGAAGCUGAAAGUCAAAUCCUGCAACUGAUUUGCUAAUAAAACAUUGUGUUUAUUCUAA